GUUUACUUACUUAAACCAGUACGAGGAAAAAUUAUUUAAGAACUAAUUCAUAUCAGGCCAUUAAAACUAACCAGUGCAAAUAUCAAAAAAUGAGUACCAUAUUGGUAACACAAGUAUGAGUGAUCACCUUAUAUUAGAGUCAGUUUUUAUCAUUGAAUAGGAGCAUCUUUUCUAUAUAUGUUACUUAUAACAUAACCUCACCAAUUGUAUAUGUGUCAAGAAAUGUCAUUUUAUGAAAUUUUAUGGAUGUACAAGUUAAUCUAAUUUAAAAAUUUAUUGCUAAAAUAUGGAUGGAGUCAACGAUACAGGAAAGGAACACAUUCUUUCCAAACGUCUUAAUAAAAUAAUACAAGCUAGAAUUGAAAACGAUGAAGAAACUAUAAAUGCCUUCAAGCAAUUAUCAAUGUUUUACACUGAAAAUAGCUUAAAAGCUCGCCGAAAUUUAAGAAGUCAGAUAGAAAAGAGAAGUUUAGAUAUCAACAAACAAUUUUUGGCUUCUUUUCUCGAAGUUAAAAAUGCUUUUGAUUGUAUUUAUAAUGAUAUUGCAGAUAUGAGCAAAUCUAUACAAGACAUGGAAUAUAGAUUACAGAAUACAAAAUCGAGAACAAAACAAUUAUUACAACAGACCAGUACUCUUCAGAAUGAGAGAGCACAAAGUAUUAGCCAACAAAAAAUAGUGGAUGCUUUUCUGGGAAGCUUUCAACUUUCUCCAGAACAUGUGAAAAUAUUGCAAAGUAAUAAGGAAUUAUUACUCACACCAGAAAUUUUUACAGUUUUGGAUAGAGUUCAAGAAAUUCAUAACAAUUGUAAAAUGCUCAUGCAGUCCGGCUUACAAACUCUAGCUUUGGAUAUCAUGGAACAAAUGACCCUGUACCAAGAAUCAGGGUUGGAAAGAUUAUAUAGGUGGACCCAAAGUCACUGUAGAAAUGUAGAGAAUCCAGAAUUGACAGAUUUAAUUACCCAAGCUAUGUCAAGGCUUCAAGACCGGCAAGUUUUAUUUAGAUAUGUUUUAGAUGAAUACUGCGUGUGUAGAAGAAGUAAAAUUACAGAUGGUUUUAUAAAUGCUUUGACACGUGGUGGUCCAUCGGGAAAUCCAGCACCUAUAGAAAUGAGAGCACAUGAUUCUCAAAUUUAUGUUACAGACAUGCUUGUGUGGUUAAAUAAGGCUAUUGCUACGGAAAAACAAAAUUUGAUCUUGCUAUUAAAAUUAUGCACCAAAAUAAAUGCAGAGGAAAUAAUAUCUGAUUCUUUGGCAGUAAUAUGCGAAGGUGUUUGUCAGCCUUUGAAAAUGAGAGUGGAUAAAAUACUUAAUGUACCUUCGCCAGCAUCAGUUUUAUAUUCUGUUGUCAACUUACUUCGUUAUUACAAAAAAUGUAUUUGUAAAAUAGUGAAUAAGGGCGCUAUUUUCGAAACAUUAACAGAACUUCAAGAAAAUUCUGAAAAAUGUUUUUUAACAUCUUUACAAAAACAAGUUGAUAGCAAACUAGUUAGAGUAGAAGCACCUCCUAGAGAUUUAUCUCCAACAGAAGCAAUUACAAACUUGCUAGCAUUACUAAGAGAUAUUUUAUCAACAGCUAACAUGAGUGAAGGUAGAGAAAUGGAUAUGAUUAAGAUAACUCAAACAGUAAUGGAUCCUCUUCUUAGUGCUGUAAAUGAACAAGCGUCUCGUCUUCCUCCUACGGACAUGGCUGUAUAUAUGUUAAACUGUAUGUACGAAAUGUAUACUUGCCUCUCCUUGUACGAAUUUAUGGAUAAGAGAUUGGAACGUCUUGAGGCGCAGUCUGAAGCACAAAUCGAUACAUUGUUUUCCAAACAAGUUGGAUACCUCGUAGCAAAUUUAACGUUAGGACCGAUUUAUACUAUUUUACAAGAUCAAACUCAUGGGGCAUUGUCAGAAGUGCCAGGAAUGGAACCCACUAACCUUAAAAACCUUCUGAAAAAGAUAGAUGAUUUAGGAGUACAUCCUGACAAAGCUCUUCUUCCCCAAGUUCAUUUGCUCACUUCCUCAAAGCACAAAAAAUUGGUUCAGAAACGAUCUUUCGAUCUACUCUUAUCAACUUAUAAACAAUUGUAUCAAGCAGUUAUGAAUCCCAUUAAUAAAUAUGAAAAUCCAGGAUCAAUUUUCAACAAAACUCCUGAAGAGCUAGAAAAAAUUUUACUAAAAUAAGCUUUAUAAAUAUGUAUUAUAUUUUGGACCUUUUAUUCUAAGAAAAUAAAGUUGCUACCUUUUAUCAUAAA